GGUUCGUUCCAUGGACAGUGCAUAAGUUGCAGAUCUCUGGUGAAUUCUCUCACUUUUUCUCUCAUAUAAGUACUUGUUUAUACCCCUUUCUACUUUGAAAAUUCAAAAACACAGUUUUUAAGAUGAUUAGACUGGCAAUACUGGCAUAUCUUGCCACAACUGUAACUGCUGUACCAGCCCAGGUCACUGGAGGCCCAGCUCUUUCACAGCCUAAACAAAGAGGAGACCUACCGGCCCAAAAAGACCCAUCUGUGCAAGCCUCUGCCACAAAGCCUGGGCCUCAAGUAGUGGUUCAGAUCCAUCCCAGUGUGCAGCAACCCCAGCCUAUUCUACCUCAGCAACAAGAUGCCCAGGGUGGGGGUCAGUUCCUGUUUCCCUUUCAGCCCCAUGCUUGGGGACCACAACUGAUGAUGCCUUUCCACCCCAACACUCAGAGUCCUGCUCAGCCUGGACCUCAGCCUCAGCAACCUCAGUAUGUUUUCCCCUAUGGAUACUUCCCUGCGUUUUCACCACAGCAAGGGAAUCAGCUGUUCUCCCCCUAUGGAAUGCCAGUGUUUUUCCAGCCACCCGUGUACCCAAACUUCCCUGCGCCAACCGGCCCAGUAGAAACAGUCUUGCCUCCCUCCCAACCUGAAGCACCAGCCCAGAACCCCUUGCCCGAGGAGCAGCCACAGCAGACUCCUCAAUUUGUCUGGAUUCCACAACCAAGGGACCCUCUGUUUGGGGGACUGAGCUCUGAGGAACUUGAGAUGGUAGACAGAAUGGGACAGAUAGGUUUAUUUAUGCCCAAUGUACAAGGGACAAGCGUGGCCAAAACUCAGGCCCGGCAGGUGGCCCCAGCCAGUCUGCCUACAGGCACCAUGGCCAUUAACCCAGGUCUGCGAAGCUUUGGUUUACCCUCUCCUGCCUUCAUACCCACCAUGGAAGUCUCACAUGGGGGCCUCCCCACCGGACAGGCCACCUAUCCUGAGAUAACCAUUGGAGAGGUUCCCCUGCCGGACCCUCAGGCUCUACCAGUUGGUCAAGAAGCGGCCAUCUUCCCAGCAGUGGUCGAGCCCAACUAUCAAUCAGUCGAGCCCACCGCCACAUAUUCAGGCAUUUCUCCACCGCGGAUUGAAUCCAAAGUAUACCUCCUCCCUGAGACCACGCCCACAGCAGGGUUUGCCGUGGAGACCAACACAGACCUCUAUCCUUGAAGAAAAACAUCUGAACAAGUAGAUUUUUAUGGAAACAUAAGGGAAUUUGAUGUUAAAGUAUGUGUUGAGUUUUAUUAG